ACGCAUACUGCAUUUACGCAUAUAAGACACGUUAUCAAUGCUAAUUUCACGUAGAAAAACGCUCUCGAUGUCUAUGAUGACAGUUACGGUUUACCUUCGUUCUGUUAUCGCUGUAUUUUUGACGUUAUGUAAUACACACACUUCCGUGUGUUUCAUUGUGAAACAAAAUGACAAGUGUUGUUUAGUGAAGACGUCUCAAAACUAUAGAUACAUAAAUUAAAAUGUUAAAUAUUAAUAAAAUAUUGCUUCCAUAGGUGCACAAACGAGCCUUGUUGAAAUAAAUUGUCAAUCGGCUGCGCAAUACUUCCAGCAAAUGAUAAUAAGUCUGUUAAUUAUUGUUGAGCUGCACUUCCUAGUCGAGAAAUUAAAAUAAGCGAGGAUUAAAGAAAACUUUAGAGACUUUAAGAAGAAUUAAAGAAGACUUAUUAUUAUCAUCAGAGUGUUUUUGUUCGGUUUAUAAAAGAGAAAUUUGAGGAAAAACAACGUAUAAGAACGUCGUCUGAAAUAACUCCUUAAAAUUGCAGAUAUCGCCGAUGUUGCACGGAAAUUUCCAACAAAGAAGUUGGUCGUUAAAUUUGUAUAUGUCCAUCCGCAGAGUUCGCGAAUCAUUUUGCUCAAUGCCAAAUAAUGCUCCACUUGAAAUCACCGACGGUGUAUAGAGAAUUGUUUGAGCAGUGGCCUCGCUCGGUUUCCAUAAACUGAUGAACACGGGAAAAGUUUUUGCUGCGGAGUUGCGAUCAAGCAUUACGAUUGGCGCACGAAUGAUACUUUAUUAUUCUAACGCGAUCAGUUAACGUGAAAAAACUCAGUGCGGCUGGAACUGCAAAAUGCAUCGGAUCGUUGUAUAUCGCACCUGACCUGACCUCGCCGAAAUGACUUGUGAAAUCGGUUGGAUUCCUGCAGUCGACGAUCGUCGAUUUGUGCUACGCAGAAGAAUGUUUUGCAAGCUCGAUCUCUGUUCGAUCUUAGGUCUGAUCGUCGUCGCAUGGAUGACAUUGAAUCUCGCGUGGGCCGAUCAAUUGAUCAGGCCGGUUUACGUGUACGAGGGCCUGAUCAAAAGUAUACGUGAUUACUUCAAUAACACGUGCAUCAUACUCCUGCACAACAAUCCGAAUCCCAUCGAGACGCAGGGACUCACGGAAAGCGACCACUUGCUGGUUCUUCAGAGAUACCUGAGCAUGAAUCAUAAUAUACGCACCACUUUCAUGGAUUUUCAUAUGUUCAGUACACGAGUCGGACAACGCUAUUAUCACAUCAAGAGACCUUUGUUCGUCUUACUUAACGACCAUGAAGAUACAAGGGAUGGUUUUGCGCAUCAGAUCUCAACGUGGAUCACAAUGGCUUAUCCCACCUGGCUGGUAUUCUUCAAAAACGAGACCAAAUUCGUAGACUUUUUCUUUGAGAUUUACGUACCAUUUGACUGUAAGUUCAUGGUGGCUCAGAGUAGCCCUAACGUAAUCGGCAGAGAGAUCAUCACUGAAGUUUAUCAAGUUGACAGAGGAAAACAACUGAGAUCGAUGCGGUUCGGUAUAUGGGAUGCAAGGAGUGGUCUGAACGGCCCUACUCGUGGCCUAUUUUUAAGAAGGAACAAUCUUUACGGCCAGAAUAUACGCGUUACGUCGGUUCACGAUCCUCCUAUCAGUCUCUUUCACCGCAAUGAACGGAAUGAGAUAACAGGAAUGAGUGGCUUUUUCGGGGAAGUGAUACUGCUAUUGCAGCAAGCAUUGAAUUGCACAUUUACCUACAAGGAGGCCAAAUCGUGGGGCGUGUGCCUACCAAACGGCUCGUGUACGGGUGCGAUCGGAAUGUUAAUGAACAACGACGUCGACUUUGCGGCGACGGAGUUCAUGAUGACCUCGGAUAGAUUAGACGCUAUCAGUUUUACAACGCCUAUUUAUACAACCAAAUGUCGUGCGUACAUUAAAAGGCCCGCGUCAUCCGACGUAAAGUGGGAUGCUUACACGGCACCGUUCUCCAGGAAUAUCUGGGGCGCUAUCGCUCUUUUCAUUGUUCUUACUAGCGGAUCGAUAGUACUCAUUCAAAGACUGUUUGCAUUCGCAUCCCCGUAUCUUCAAAAUAAUGGCCGUUCGAGAUUUACAGAAAUUUUGUUUUUUGUCCUAGGGGCGUUUUGCAAUCAAGGUAUGGAACAAUCGACGCUGGAUCCCGUGAGAAUGGUGCACUUCGUAAUCCACCUGUCGGCCGUCGUGAUCGUAGCCGCGUAUUCCGCUGCCCUGAUUAGUUUCCUUGCUGUUAAAACGUUCAUCAUGCCUUUUACGACUAUGGAUGGCCUUUUGAAGGAUAAGACUUACCGUUUCGGCGCGGUCGGUGACUCGGCCGACUUUAGUUUUUUCCAGAACACAUCGGAUAAAAUAAUGAGCGUGCUGUUCGAUGAGUUAAUAACAAAAGAAACUGAUUUGCCGAGUAAUUACUUGGAUGGUCUGGAACGCGUUUGUAAGGAGGACAAGUAUGCCUUUAUGACACUGGAUAACAUGGCAGCGUUGUUGCAGCAGAAGGUCGACUGCAAGUUGGAGCCAUUGGAUGUCAUCACGCAGACCACCAUAGCGAUGGCUCUGCAAGUAAAUAGCCCGUACCGCGGUAUUAUUAACGCAAAUAUUCUUCUGCUGAGAGAUAGCGGCAUCCUGCAGCGUUUGAUGGAUACACAAUGGUCGGUCCAGCUAAGCAAUGCAAAACCGUCGUGGAAAUCGGUCGAGAUCGGCGACAUAGUGCCGCUGCUGCUUUUUGUAGUCGCCGCGUUGUUCAUCAGCUGCCUCGUCUGCGCUCUGGAGCGCAUCAUCUUCGCAAGCAUUUCCAACCGAAUCAAGCUAAAAGUGGCGAAGAAUAAAUCGCGGCAACCGAAAUAAAACGCGUAAUAAGACUCGCAACUCGCCGGCCGCGUUAUAGAUAUACACGGCACGGUCACGUGACACUUUGGCGCGAGACACCUUAUUGCCUCCUGAUGCUAAAGAUAUUACGUGUUGUUUAAUAAAAUUUGAGAAUCUCUCAUUUGUUUAAAAUUAA